AUGAGGCCCGUUGCGCAACGUAUUGUAUCCACCAAAGGCGCCAAGCCACACUCAGUGACGCCAGAGUCUGGGUCAUCUAACAAGCUGCGCGAGAUGACUCGAAAGGAGCUCGAGCAAUGGCAUAAGAGCCUUCAUCACCGGGAUGAAUAUGAGCCCAGUUUCGACGAUCUGGACGAAGCGUCCGACUAUCCCUUCCAGGACCAAGACUCCGUCUGGGUAUGCACUAAACAAAAAAAAUGGUGCCCUGGUAAAGUGACUGGCCGCACGCCACGCAUAGGCAACACGCGCAUCCGGAAAGAGGGUUAUUUCUACGCCGUGAGCUUCGGCUCUAGGAGUCACCUCCGAAAGUACUUUGCACCACUGAAUGGCGAAAUGAAGCCUAACAGCGAGGAAGUGCGCGAGCUUCUACGAAGUGACGGAUGGCUCCCUGAUGACGAUGAAAUGACCUCGGACGGUGGUUCCAAUUAUACCGACUCGUAG